UGCAGCAAAAAGCAUCCAAUUAUCUCCCAUUCAAUGGAAUGAAAAAUCCGCCAGAAACUGCAAAAAAAAUCACCAAAUAACUACCCUUAUCCAACCGCGUAAUUUAAAACACAUAACUAACCAACCCCGUUCAUGGCUUCUCUUCAUCAAUUUCAACAUUCGUGUCUUUCUUCUCUUAUCCAAAAACCCACUACUCUCUUCCCCUCCAAACCUUCUCCAUUCAAAACCUCUUUGUCUCUUAAUCCCUCAAAUGCUGAAUCUGCAAAGCCCACUUCACAAAACCCUCCGGGAACCACGCCAGAACCCGAACCUGGACCUGUGGAUCCUGUAAAGCUGGCUUUUGAGAAAGCUAAAGCGUAUAAGAAAUCGAUUCGAGACACCAAGAAAACGAAACUCCAGAAAAACCCAAUUGAGGGUUCUGGUAGUACUUCAAUUGGGAAUGAUGGGGAAGAAAAAGAAGUGCCCGUCUCGGUUAAGGUUGCUAUGGAGAAAGCUAAGGAGUACAAGAAAAGUAAAGAGGUUGGCGGUGGUGGUGGUGGAGGUGUGAAGGGUGCUUCAGAAAGUGAAACAAAUUCAGGACUGAAGGGAGAGAAUGGGGGGAAUUUAGAAAGAGGCUUGGUGGAGAGAGGUACCAUUAAGGAAAAAAAACUGUCAAUUUCAAGCGUGGAUUUCAUUGGACUCAACUUUGAAGACAAGAAAAGGGGCAGGGGACUGCCACCUGGAUUGGCUCCAGUAAUAGACCCUUUUCCAGAAGGGGACUUGCCUGAGGUGGAGAUAAUUGUUGGAGACACCAGCAAGCUUGGGGACCCAACAACAUCAGUCCCUCAGUCUAGCCAAGAAGAUAAUUUGGAUCUUUACAAGCCGAAAGUUUCAACAUGGGGUGUCUUUCCUAGACCUGGAGACAUUUCCAAGACUUUUGGUGGUGGAAGAACUAUUCGCCCUGGAGAUAUGCUUGAAACAGCAGAAGAACGAGCUGCUAAAGACAAACACACAAAGCAAUUGCUUGCAGCCUAUAGGAAGAAAAUUGGUUUAAAUGUUGAUCCAAAGCUUAAAUCUGAGUGUGAGAAGGCCUUGAAGGAUGGUGACUCCUUCAUGGAUUCUGGAAAGCUUAAUGAAGCACUGUCAUAUUAUCAGAAGGUUAUGGAUAAGUUGCCAUUUCAGAGUGAACUUCAUGGAUUGGCUGCUUUGCAAUGGUCUAUCUGUUAUGAUUCACUUAAUAGGCCAAAUGAGGCUCGGGCAAUGUAUGAGAAACUUCAGUCUCAUCCAAAUGCUAAAGUGAGCAAGAAAGCACGACAAUUUCUGUUCAGUUUCCAGGCCAUGGACAUGAUGAAGGUUAGUGGCUCAAACUUCUUACCAAAAAGCACAGGCUACCAGAACUAUUUUGAGGCAUUCAUUGAAGAUAAAAGCAACUACCCUCUAGGAGUGGCUGGAAGUGAAGAUGAUGCUCUUGCUCAAACCCUCCCAUAUGUGUUUCUUCUUGCUUCUCCCAUUUUUAUUGUACUGUUCAUUGCUGUACAGGGAGCGAAUACAAAUUAGAACUUUGCAAGGAUGUAAUUAACAAUCUCUUUCUUGGAAAGGAGAUUCAUUUUUUAA